GAAGGAAGAACACCAGAAAAAAUUCGAGGAGGAAAAUGACCGAUGUAAACAUUAGCCUGGAGUGUGCCGAGUGCCACCAUAGCCGUGGAGUCCUGUACUACGCCAAUCCCUUGGCCUGGGGACGUCCCUGCCGUCGAUGCCGCAAGAUGAUGUCCAGGAGUGUGGUGGUGGUGCCCACCCAAGUCCAGGCUACACCUGCCCAGGUGGUUAUGCCUGUUCAAGCCACCACCACAACCACCACGACCUCGGUGCCCAUCAGGGUCACCACCUACUAGAUAUGAUUUAGUUCCCUGAAAUGUGUGCCU